GAAAACCCUCCUCCCCCAUUAAUCCCUUCUUCCAACCCAAACUAUCACUCCAAUCUUUAUUUCACUUUCACACACACACACACACACACAAUCAAGAAAACAAACAUGUCAGGCGGAGUUGGUCCACCAUGCGACAUAUCUCUCCCCAAAGAGGAGCCCCACGAGCCGGACGCCUUCUCCAGCGCCGCCGUGAAGACCAAAUCCCCAUCCCGCCGGAGUUUCUUCACAUUCCGGCAGCUGAACGCUCUCGCGGUGGCCGUCGUGCUCUCCGCCAGCGGCAUGAUCAGCCCGGAGAACUUCGUCUUCGUCGUCUUCUCCGUGUUCUACAUCUACUUCAUCUCAAGAGUCGCAUUCCCGCCAACCUCCCCCCGCUCCGACGACCCUCCGCCACCCGUGGUUUUCGGCGACAAGAACAGGAUCCUACCCGUUUACGUCUUCUUCGGGUCCGUAAUCGGGUUGUUCCUCCCGAUAGCGUACAUAUUCCAAGGAAUAUUCGAAGGGGAUAAAGAGGGGAUCAAGGCCGCCGUGCCGCACGUGUUCCUCCUGGCAAGCCAGGUGUUCCUGGAGGGGCUGACGCAAUCGGGCCGGUUCUCUUUGCCGGUUCGGGUACUGGUGCCGGUUUUCUACAACUCGAUGCGGGUUCUGACGAUAUUGGAGUGGCUGAGGAGUGAGAUAUCGAAGGUGGAAGUAGGGUUUGGGAGGAGUGCGAGGAGGUUGAUGGUUGGGAGAGGCCUUGCUAUUGCGAACAUGGCGUUUUGGAGCUUUAAUUUGUUUGGGUUUUUGUUGCCUUUUUAUAUGCCCAAGGCUUUCAAGAUUUAUUACUCCAAUUCCAAACUUAAGGAUUAAUAAUGCAUAUGUUUAUUUUUUUUUUUUUUUUUUUUUUAGGUCUUGUAAUGUAAAUUUGUUGUCUUGAGUCAGCCUUUGAUCUUAGAGUAACUUUAAUAAAUUUUGUAGCUUUCUAGUGUUUU